CCUACCUUCUCCACCUUAAUUCUCUCUAGUACUAUUAGCCAUAUAUAUACACACACGAAAGACGAAACUCCAUAGCAUCAAAGGCCAAAAAUAACAUGGCAUCGUCAACACAGGAACAUCACCUCCAUCACCUUCCUACUCCCUACGGCACCACUACUGCUCCUCCACCAACUCCUUCAACACAACAACCUAAUACUAAUAAUCUCUGUGAAUCCUCUGAUUCUCUGUCUCGUCUUCUCCAUCGUAUCCCACCCACCCUUUCUCUCUCCUUCCCUGGACGCCGCCAAUCUCCUCCAACAACCACCACUUCUCCUCCUCUCAUCUCUCUCUCCGACCCGAAAACAACUCUUCACUCUAACCUCCUUUCUGCUGCAAAACAACACGGUUUCUUCCAGCUAACCAAACAUCCUAUCUCCUCUCAGCUCGCUCAUUCAGCUGAGUCGGAAUCCUUAUCUAUUUUCAACCUAUCCCAUGAUGACAAACAACAGUUCUUCCCCAAGAACUGGCCGUUAGGCUUCGACAACGACGAUGAUGACGACGACGAGAACGUUGUGGGACAGUCGUUCUGUCUCGACCGGUCAUGUUCUGUUGAGUCCAACUCGAUGGAGUUAGGGUUGACUUCUCUCCGUGAGUUGACUUGCCAAAUGGAGAAACUAGGGUUGGAGGUGAUUGACGAGCUGGCUUGUGCUGUAGGGUUUGAGAACCCGGUCGGAGAAGAUCCGUCCCGAUUCUGUUCGUUGAUGUGGAUAUCUGAGUCUGACGGCGGUUCAAGGAACAGGCCACUUUCGUCGGGUCGGUUGUACCCGUUUGUAGUCGGGUUAAAUUACCAAAUACGUUGCCGGAAGUACUCCAUGUUGGCGGAUUCGGGUUGGGUAUCCGUCUCACCUGAAGUGGACUCGGUCAUGGUUACACUUGGUGAUAUUGCCCAGGUAUGGAGUAAUGGAAAGGUGAAAAAAGUGAGGGGAAGACCAGUACCGACUAGUGGUGAUGUAGUGGAAGUCAACAGUAACAGCAGUUGUACUAACUCCCACUGUGUAUCACUGACAUUGUUAGUUACACUUCCUCAUGAUAGCACUGUCUCUCCGUUGCUUCCCAAAUCGCCAUCACUUGCCGGGAGUGACACUGAUGAAACCGCGGUGCUCAACGAAGAAGAUGAUGGCCUUGACGACAAGAAUUCAAACACCAUAGCACUGGAAGAAAGUCCAAUGUUCAAUUCAUUUUCUUUUGAGGAUUAUGCAUGGAGAGUCUAUCACGAACGUCUUCUUCUUAAGGAUCCUCUUGUGAGAUACCGUGUUUGAUUAUUGAUAGUGUUAUUUUGGAUCAGAAUAAUCGCCACUUUAGAGAUUUUUACAUCAUGCAGUUGGUGAGUACCGUGUUAGCAUGAGAGAGCAAACGUAUCUAAGUAUGUUGAUGAUGAUAUAGCUUAGGUUGCUCAAUGAGAGAGAGUAGCGAUAGUUUCUAUGCUUUUUCUACAUUACAUUGCUGCGUCUCAGUCGAGUCAUUUAUUCAUUUGUCUUUUGCGCCUUUUCUUUGGGUUUUCGAAUAUCUUAUUGCUUAAGCUGAAGCGUGUCGUUGUUUGAUUUUCCUUGUAAAAUUAGGAGUGAAAUCUUAGAUCUGUAUUAUUAAUAGAAGAAAGAGGGACUGAAGUUUUCAUAUACUCAAUUUUAUAAAUUCUUUAGUCACUCCUUUUCCAUUUCUUCAGAUUCCGUGUGUACUAAAUAAGAGGGGAUUUGCAAUGUGCUCAAGGCCGCAGUUGUGAUCAUAGUUCUGUUACAUAAUUAUACAACACAUGAUAUCACUGUAAAUGAGAG